AAGGUCUCCAUACUGGCAGUGACGUCGAUGCACAUCUGCGCGCGAAUAUUCGCGUGGGCAUGGGACUUUCUUGUCGGUGGUACAUCGUAUCCAAUGCAACACACCGUGGGGAUAGAGGUGCGGGUAACCAACGAGGUUCUACCCAGCGCCACAGAGGAAACUGUGAUAAAAGAUGCGGCACCUCCUUGGACAACUAUGUCCGUCCUCAACAGUCGAACAACACCAACAACCCCCACAAACAACUAUCCCCAGUAUUUAUCUCCUCACGUGUUUCAAGGCCGGAAUUCUCUUGGCUGCACCAAUGAUUACACACUGCGUAGAAGACGUCCCAUGACACUUCGAAUUGGUCCACGUUUGAGUCUUCCAAAUAAGAGCACAUCAGCUCCAACAACUACGACAGAUGGGGAUUGGCCAGCAUUAGGGUAA